UCCCUUUCGAGGGCGCCACUUCCGUUGCUAUUUCUGAAACAUGGCUGCCGAUUUAUUCUUCCUGCUUGACCGCAACAAAAGUGCAACUUAUUGACUGCAAACGGAGGAAAAAGGUUCCGCCCUGCCUGUGAUACGGCCCAAAGAACAGAUAUGAAAAUGGAUCAAAGGUUGAUAAAUCAGCAGCAUGGCCUUCCCUCAGAAGCUUGGAAACCAGGACAAGAGGUAGUGGCUUCCUACAACUUCCAGGGAUCAUCAGCAGAGGAUCUGCCAUUCAAAAAAGGCGAUAUACUUACAAUUGUCGAGCCAACCAGGGAUGCUAACUGGUACAAGGGACGUAAUGGUGAUGGUGACGUGGGGAUGGUCCCCGCAACUUAUGUCCAGCGACGAAGAGAAGUUCCUCUACAUGCAAUGCCCUGGUUUCACGGCAGUAUUUCUCGGGAGCAAGCCGAGUCUCUCUUACAGAACAUGGAAGAUGGCGUGUUCCUUGUGCGAGACAGCGUCCAUUACCGUGGCGAUUUUACACUUUCAGUUUCAUUUGAUAACAAAGUUGAUCAUUACCGCAUUUUGGCUCACAACAACAAGCUGGAGGUCGACGGUGGUGACUGUUGUUUUGAUAACUUAUUUGAACUAGUAGAGCAUUACUCUAAGGAUGCAGAUGGUCUAUGUAUUCGACUCAUACGCCCACUACAGAAGAAGGGCUCUAGUUUCUCCAUGGUGUCCGUCCAGGACUUUGAGAGCGGAGGCUGGGUAAUUCACGACCGAGAUCUGGAAGUCGGAGAGGCCAUAGGCAAGGGUGAAUUUGGAGAUGUAUGUAAGGGUGAAUAUAAACACCAACAGGUAGCAAUAAAACAGCUGAAGAAACAGGACAACGCUGCACAGGUUUUCUUAAAGGAGGCUUCUGUCAUGACAUCACUACGACAUCCGAACCUGGUCCAGCUGAUCGGAGUGGUUUUAGGAGACAAUAUUUUGAUUGUAACAGAAUUUAUGGGAAAAGGGUGUCUAGUGGAGUACCUAAGGUCUCGUGGAAGGAGUGUGAUAACAAAGAAAGACCAAAUCGACUUCGCCACGGACACGUGUUCAGGUAUGCAGUAUUUAGAAAGUAAGAAGCUAGUACACCGAGAUUUAGCAGCCAGGAAUGUCUUGGUGAAUGACAGCAAUACAGCCAAGGUCUCGGACUUCGGUCUAGCCAAGCAUGGAGAUUACACACAAGAAGGUGGCAAGUUCCCCAUCAAGUGGACAGCGCCGGAAGCUUUGAGAGAUAACGACUUUACCAGUAAAUCUGAUAUGUGGAGCUUUGGAAUAUUACUAUGGGAGAUUUAUUCUUUUGGAAGAGUACCAUAUCCUAGAAUUCCGUUAGCCGAUGUCGUGACCCAUAUUGAGCGUGGAUACAGGAUGGAGGCCCCCGAGGGCUGUCCAACAGAAAUCUACACCAUCAUGUUCAGCUCCUGGGAACUCGAUGCUGCAAGACGACCAACAUUCAAAGAUGUUCUAGACAAACUUAACCAUUUGAGAUCCGUUACUGUAUAGCAACAUUACCAUACCAUUUUCGUAUUUUUUGAACAUGUAUAGACAUCUAAGAGAUUUAUACAACCAAGGGACACAACCCUGCAGGCCAAAAUCAAAUUAUCUGUCUGCUUUCAUGCCUACAGUUUGUCUAUGUGUCUCCUCACAAUUAGAAUAUGUAUUGUAUUCACUAUUAGCUGUGGAGAUACGAGUACAGUCUGUCUGUAUCUCCCUGUCAUUAGAAUAUAUACAAUAUCUACGGUGGAGAUACGAGUACAGUCUGUCUAUACAAUAUCUACGGUGGAGAUAUGAGUACAGUCUGUCUAUACAAUAUCUCCGGUGGAGAUACAAGUACAGUCUGUCUGUCUGUAUCUCCCUGUCAUUAGAAUAUAUACAAUAUCUACGGUGGAGAUACGAGUACAGUCUGUCUAUACAAUAUCUACAGUGGAGAUACGAGUACAGUCUGUCUAUACAAUAUCUACGAUGGAGAUAUGAGUACAGUCUGUCUGUAUCUCCCUGUCAUUAGAAUAUAUACAAUAUCUACGGUGGAGAUACGAGUACAGUCUGUCUGUACAAUAUCUACGGUGGAGAUACGAGUACAGUCUGUCUAUACAAUAUCUACAGUGGAGAUACGAGUACAGUCUGUCUAUACAAUAUCUACGGUGGAGAUAUGAGUACAGUCUGUCUGUAUCUCCCUGUCAUUAGAAUAUAUACAAUAUCUACGGUGGAGAUACGAGUACAGUCUGUCUAUACAAUAUCUAUGGUGGAGAUACGAGCAGUCUAUCUGUAUGUAUCUCCCUGUCAUUAGAAUAUAUACAAUAUCUACGGUGGAGAUACGAGUACAGUCUGUCUAUACAAUAUCUACGGUGGAGAUACGAGUACAGUCUGUCUAUACAAUAUCUACGGUGGAGAUACGAGUACAGUCUAUCUGUAUGUAUCUCCCUGUCAUUAGAAUAUAUACAAUAUCUACGGUGGAGAUACGAGUACAGUCUGUCUAUACAAUAUCUACGGUGGAGAUACGAGUACAGUCUGUCUAUACAAUAUCUAUGGUGGAGAUACGAGCAGUCUAUCUGUAUGUAUCUCCCUGUCAUUAGAAUAUAUACAAUAUCUACGGUGGAGAUACGAGUACAGUCUGUCUGUACAAUAUCUACGGUGGAGAUACGAGUACAGUCUAUCUGUAUGUAUCUCCCUGUCAUUAGAAUAUAUACAAUAUCUACGGUGGAGAUACGAGUACAGUCUGUCUAUACAAUAUCUACGGUGGAGAUACGAGUACAGUCUGUCUAUACAAUAUCUACGGUGGAGAUACGAGUACAGUCUGUCUAUACAAUAUCUACGGUGGAGAUACGAGUACAGUCUGUCUGUAUCUCCCUGUCAUUAGAAUAUAUACAAUAUCUACGAUGGAGAUAUGAGUAGUUUGUCUGUAUGCAUCUUUCCGUCAUUAAAAUAUACACAUACUUACUCAUAUAUAUAUAUAUAUGAGUACCGCAUUGCCUUAUUCUACAUUGUUUACUGUCAAUUAAUGUCUGUACUAGUGAUGUGUGUGUGUGGACUAUGUACCCGAUGUGAGAUUUUACACUGAUGAAACACUGCAUUCCACUGUGAAACUCAAUUUCCACAGACAUGUUCUCAGUUUCAAGUGGCUAAAUAUCCUGUAUAAUAUUUAAAUGUCUCUAUUCAGUCUCUGGUCCACAUAAUGGCUCUAUAUGUGAUGAUAAUGUCAGAUAUUGUUGAUGAUACUUCCAAUAGGAAUACCUGUAUGUCUAUAAGACUAUUAUAUGACAUAUAUUUUCACAUUAUUUAAAAAAAAAAAAUCACAAUAUCGCCAAUCUUUUAUCAUAUACUAUUAAUAAAUUAUUAAACUUAAAUUUCACUUUGCUCUCUUACAAAAAUACAAAAAUUUGUGGUAAAUCAGAUAAAUUUCAUUUAAAAUGUGAUUCAAGUACAUGUAAUUAUAAAUAUAAAUAUGAAAACUCAGCCAUGUUCUUAAUUUGUAGUAUUGUGUAAUUCUUUCGGGUCUCAAUAUGAAAUACCGUCGCAUGUUUUCUUGUAGAGUUUUUCUAGAUGUAUUCCAUUAUGCUGUAAUUUUCAAGAUAUUUAAUUAAAUUUAACAGUUUAUACUUACAUGUAUUAAAUACAAGAUUUAAUGUGAUUUAAGCUUUUGAUAUGUAUUACGUGGCAUCUUGUUACUUCAGCUUAAUUAUGGAGCAUAGGGAACAUUCACCUUUGUGCAGAUUUAUCUUCAAUUAUCUUCAUUAAUGAUAUCAGAACGAUCCUUACAAUCUGAAGAUGAUUUUAGAGAGAGAUAAUAAAACUACCAUAUAAACACUUUGAAUCUGGAAUAACCAAGACCUCAUACAUGGAAUAUCCAGAACCUAAAAAACAUUUUCCUGAUAAUACUGAAAUAGCAAUUUUGAAACUCGUUAAUUAGUGUGUACAUAUGUGAGAAAGGGAAGAUUUAAUGUGACUAGGUUUUGUGCCUAUAAAUUUGUACCGGUUAUAGAGAGAAUGAAAUCUGUGAUUUUAGAGUGAUGAUAUAUUUCACAUUACUGUAGAAACGUCAGGAGUCUGCUUUGGAUGUUUCUUAUUGUUGUGGUAUAAAAUGGGAAAAGAUAGUGUACCAUUAUUUUUUUUACAUCAGUUUCUACCAUAUAUAUUUUUUUGGUGAAUUAGCUAAAUAACAUUUGAUAAAUACAUGUUUGUUCAUCGUAUGACAUCAGUUUUCUUAUUUAUAUUGUCAAUUUGUGCUUCUUUUCCCUUUGUUUUUAUAUAUUAGUUGAACACUGUCAUCUGUGUAGCCUCUCCUUUACUUGUACUAUUGCCAGUGAAGCAGGUAUACAUGCUGUCAUUGUUAGGGAAAAUCUGCUAUAAUGCUUUUGUUUAACUUUCAGAACUACUUUUUUUUCUAAGGAAUUCAUCUGUUAGGUCCCCAGAAAUUAUACUGAAAAAACUUUUACUUGGUAAUAUAUCCAAAGGUUCAUACUGAAAUGAAUAUCAGAUAGAAAAGAAAAUUAACAAAAGGAUUUAUUUUCUUAAUAUUUCUGUUUUGUUUGGGCUAAUUGAAAUGACAUUAUGGGUAGUAUUUAAAGUCAUACAAAGUUAAAACUGACCAUUUAGAUACUAUAAAUAUGAUAUACAGUGUACAUGCAUAUAUCACAGAAAUUGUAUAUCGGAGAAAUUAAAAGGAAAAGUGUAUUAGAUAUAUUUCAUUAAAAGUCAUGGGCUGUUUCUACAUUUCUGCCUCAUUAACUUCACAUAGAAUAAUGUGUAAAGACGUUUAGUGACAUUCUUUAUGAGGAAAUGUUAAAAUUGAUAAGUACAUUUCGUAUUUAUGUGACAGUACUAGUUCACCCUAUCCUCUGAUGUUGCUGUUAAAUAUGACCUUCCAUAUCACAUGGCUUUCACAUGGUGUUUGUUGCAUUGUACUUACACACACUUGGCUCCUGUCACAUUGCUUCCACAUGAAGUUGGCUCGUAAAAAUUGUGCUUUCACAUGAAGUUGGCUCGUAAAAAUCAUGCUUUCACAUGAAGUUGGCUCGUAAAAAUUGUGCUUUCACAUGAAGUUGGCUUGUAAAAAUCUUGCAGUGACUUAGAGAUCUAAUUUAUGGCACAUUGUUGUAAGAAUGUGAUUAGAAAUGGUAUAAAAAAUGGCCAGAUUUUGUGGAAAAAAAUACAACAAUACACAUGAAGUUUGAUACACAUUAUUUUUAUAGACGAUGAUAGGAGAAACUUUCCAUUAAUGGUUCACUAUAUCAUGAUUGUAUUUAGAUCGGUUUAUUUGCUUUGUUUGUGUAGGGGUAGAUAAUUCUCUGUCUUUCAUUGUGUCUGUCGAAUAUUCCACCCCUCUGAUGUACACCUUAUAGUUAUGGACCAUAAAUGGAAAAAAGUCAAAGGACCAAAGUACCCAUCAGAAACUGAUACCCUAGUUACAUAUAGGUGCUUGGAUUAUAUUUAUAAUAACAAUUUUAUAUGCGAUUAUAAACAACUGUAUAACUGUAUUCAAAUAGACAUAAUUCUGAUAUUUUUAAAUUGAUACAUUUACUCAGCUCAGUUUGUUUAGAUUCAUUAUCACAUAAAGUCUUGUGACUUACAAAAGUAUCUAUCAAAAUAUAUUUAAAAAGAUUCAUCAGUAUUCUGAUGUCAGCUCUCAGUUUUAUUGGGGAGUAAGUAAUGAUAUUGGAAUAGCCUGACAAACGUAGCAUAGACAUGUAUUAAUAUAACAUCAUCACUUUCACCUGUGUUCUUGAUGGCUAAUUAUGUCAAAGUUUCUCAUAUCAGGAAUGUUGUUGACAGACUUUUAUCCAUGAUACGGAUUUGAGGGACUGAUAUCUCAGCUAUGGCGGAAAUUGCUGGGAUUAAUUUCUCAUUCUUCAGAUUGACUUUCGAAACCUGGGAUUAUUUUCUGGUUUAGGUAGUCUUUCUAUGGGUUGCAACACAUUUGUUUUUUUUAAACUUUUUUAUCAACUACUCCAACGAUGUUAGAUGAUGACACUACAGUGGGUGUCAUAGUUGGCACGAUAAGGUCAGAUUAUAUAUCAGCUGACCACUGGCAUCUUAUGCUACAGUAGUAAAUUUUGACAUAUUUUUCAGUGGAUGACCUGGCUUUUAUUGGUAUAAAUAGUCAACCAUCCAUAAAUACUUAACCAUUGGUGGUAUUCAGCUCUUUACCUGAUUACCUUUGGAGUAGGCACCACACAUCCAUGAGUGACCCUAAUGUUACCUUUGGAGUAGGCACCACAUAUCCAUGAGUGACCCUAAUGUUACCUUUGGAGUAGGCACCACAUAUCCAUGAGUGACCCUAAUGUUACCUUUGGAGUAGGCACCACAUAUCCAUGAGUGACCCUAAUGUUACCUUUGGAGUAGGCACCACACAUCCAUGAGUGACCCUAAUGUUACCUUUGGAGUAGGCACCACACAUCCAUGAGUGACCCUAAUGUUACCUUUGGAGUAGGCACCACACAUCCAUGAGUGACCCUAAUGUUUUGAUCAGAAGCUAAACAGUCUCACCAGCCAACUAUCUUCAGACUCUGAACUUGGCAGUACUUUGACUUUGGUAUUGAUGUUCAACUUUCCAGAUGAGUACCUCAUUUGACUUUCAAAACUGCAAGUAAAUGCUGGUAUUGGGAUUCAACUUUCUUUGUGGAUUCUUUAGCUUUUGGAUAUGUAUUGAGCUUUGUAGAUGGACAUAUAUACUUUUGUACUAGGUCAGUUAUCCAAAUAGCUAGGAUUGACAUUCUUAUCCAGUAUUUUACCAUUUGAUUUGAGAUUUACCUACCCAGUUGACAAUUUGUGGUUGGGUAUUCCCCUCAAAAGUGUAGGAAAUACUGAGGUUAAUGAAGGUGUAUAAUAGAUUGGGUGGACUCUGGUAUUUUAUCAAUAUUUGUUAUGCUGCCAAAAGUUUUGUGUUAUGUUGGGACAUAUCACCGUAGUGUACACACUGAAGUCUUUUUUGUUUAUAUAAAACUACAUCAUUUAACUGCUGAUGUUUGUUGUGUAAAUAAUCUGUUAUAUAAUAUAACAUGUAUUAUACAAAUAAAAAUACUUACUGUA